UCUUUCAAACGUGUAGACAUAUAAUGGUAACAAACAAAACCAGCUGUGAUAUUUUACAUACAAAUAGUAGCAGUCAAGAAGCGCGAGAAUUGAGCAAAAUUAUUCAACCACAUACUAGUUAUAUAAUAAUGAGUACAUCAUUGAUGAGAAGUAUUUUGCCAGCAUUAUUAAUACUAUUCUUUGGCCCAUGGAGUGAUAAAUAUGGUAGAAAACCUCUUAUAUUAAUUGGAAACUUUGUUCCGUUGUGUAAAUACAUAAUACUAUGUACAUUAAGUAGUUUUGAUGCUAAUCCAUGGCUAUAUUUGCUACCUUACGUACCAACAGCCCUUUUGGGUUCUGGACUCUUAUUAGCUACAAAUUGUUACGUCUCUGAUACAACACAUCCUGAAAAGCGUGCAUGGCGUUUAGCUUGUCUUCAAACUUGUGUCCAUGUUGGACUAGUAAUUGGGACACUUAUUGGUCCUUUUAUAUAUAAACAACUCGGUUAUACCUAUUUGUUCAUCAUUGCUGCUUUUUCAAGUUUAUCAUCAUUACUCUAUGUAGUAUUUGUUGUACCAGAAUCUGUUAAAAAUGAAUCUAAUAAAAAAUGGGGGAAUCCAUUUGAUUUGUCCCUAGUUAAACAACUAGUACUAACAUGUACUAAAAAACGUGAUGGUUUAAAUCGUGGAAUGUUAUGGAGUUGUCUACUAGUUUUAUCAUUAUCGAAAAUUUUAACUAAUGGACAUACAAACAUAAUUUAUUUAUUCGUUAAUGCGAAACUUGGUUGGGAUGUUGUGCGGUAUUCGAUGUUCCAUAGCUUUUCUAUGGUUAUAACAAUUAUUGGCACUUUCGGUGGUGUCAAAGUAAUGAAACAUUAUAUAGGUUUUCUGGACAUUAGUAUCAUUUUAGUAGGAAGUUUAUCUGGUUUCUUAUCGACCAUGUGUCUUUCUUUUGUUACUAAGUCCUGGCAUAUGUAUUUAGAAGUUUGUUUAGGAGUUUUCAUUGGUGUUAUUGUACCCACAACGCGAUCACUUAUAUCCUCAUCAGCUCCUGUAGAUGAUACAGGAAAAGUGUUUUCAUUGGUGUCAUUUGUUGACACGCUAUUGCCACUAGGAAGUGCACCAUUAUACAGUUUACUAUAUUCUUCAUAUAUAUCAGUUUAUCCAUCGCCUGUAUAUUUAAUGACGUCUGGAAUAUUUAUGUCAAUGAUAUUUGUUUCUAUAUUUAUUUAUUUAAAAUAUUUCAAAGAAAAAUCGCUCAAUUAAUCGGCUGUUUACGUAGCAUUUUAUUUAUUAUUAACUUUUUUUUAUUGAAAUUGAAAAUUUUCAAAAAAAAUAAAGUUAUUGACUUGAGUCUCAUAUUGACAUUGAAAUGCUCAAUAAAAAAUUUGACAAAU